AUGAAUACUAAUUUUAGCGGACCGAAGCUUUUUACAUUUGUUCUUUCUCGAGAACAUGGUUUGGCUGCUGGAGUAGCUAUAUCAUCAUGGUUCGCCUUGCAAUACAUGGGCAUGGGUGUAAUGAAAGCACGAAAACAAUACAAUGUCGAAUAUCCAAAACUCUACGCCAGUGAGUCAGAUCCGAAUGGAAAGAAGUUCAAUUGUGUGCAACGCGGCCAUCAAAAUACCUUAGAAGUCUAUCCUGAGUUUCUUCUCAUGUUAGGCCUAGGUUCAAUUCGAUAUCCACUUAUAUCGUCAAUCGGUGGAGCCAUUUGGUUACUUGGACGAAUAGUCUUUUUUCAAGGUUAUUCAACUGGUCAACCUGAGAAACGUCGUUAUGGUUCAUUUGCUUGGACGACUGUAACAGUUGUAGCUUCUGAAAAUCAACAGAGGAAUAGUUCCUCUUAUACUUAUCCGCAGCUGAACCAUCACCAACAUUAUGUAUCUGAUGACGAACGUCUGGCCGGUUUCGAGAAGUUUAUUCGUCGUUACGAAAUUAAUGCUACUUUUGCUUCGAAAUUACGUGGUUUAGAUGGAUAUGAAAUUGUUGUAAUUUGUGAUGACUCCGGAUCAAUGAAUACUGAACUCAGUGAUGUCUCUGGCCCCUACGGUCAAGCUCCAACACGCUGGGAUGAAUUGAAACACACUGUAUCGAUUGUCGUCGAUCUUGCUAGUGUACUUGAUCCUGAUGGUGUUGACAUUUAUUUUCUUAAUCGUGCACCCAUAUUCAACGUUCGUAGUUCACAAGAACUGAUUCCGUCAUUUUCUAUUCCACCUGAAGGUCCAACGCCGAUUGUCUCAGUUCUACGACAAGUCCUUCGCGACAAGGAAAAACAGAUUGCUGAAAGAAAGUUGUUAGUUCUUCUCGCAACUGACGGAGUUCCGACAGACAAGCAGGGUCAUGCAAAUAUUGAUGAACUAAGACGAGUUCUCAAAUACGAACGCUCUUCAACCGAACGAAUUCCAGUGACAAUUAUUGCUUGCACAGAUGAUGAUGAAUGUAUGUCAUACUUGAACGACUGGGAUGUAACUAUUCCAAAUCUGGAUGUAGUCGAUGAUUAUAAGAGUGAAAAGAAGCAGAUUUUAGCUUGCCAGAAGCAAUCUUUUCCAUUUAGUUUCGGCGACUAUGUGGUAAAGAUUAUGAUGGGUGGUGUGGAUGAAUGGUUCGAUCAAUUGGAUGAGAAGAGGGUGUCAUUGGAUAAUUAUGGACGGUACGGACUCAAUACACCAACGCAAGGGAGAGGCUCAAGUCAAUACGCAUCAACGAAGUCACCCUAUACGUCACAACCAGUAACAUCAAAACAGAACCCUAAUUUCUAUUGA